AUGGAUCCCCAACAACAACCACAACAGCAACAGCAACCAGUUCGGAUGAUUUAUGCUCACGCUCAUCCUCAACAACCUCAACAACAACAAACAACUCAAUUACCUCCUCUUCCGAAUCAAUCAACAAGAACACUAACACCCAAUAGUAAUAAUAAUAACCUGAUUGUGAUGAAUAAUCAACAACAACAACAACAAAUGAUUCAUGGCCAACAAACCUCUCCUAACCUUCAACCACAACCACAUCCGAUCCAACAAACUGUUCCAAUCCAAAGAGUUUCACCUCCAACCAUGAUGAUGAACACUAACAAUAACAAUUCAACAAAUUCUCCCCAACAAGUUGUCAUUCUUCCUCCAAAUAAUAAUAAUCAUCAGCCUUUAGUGAUUGAUCAAGUUCCAAUUCUCUAUCAAAACCCAAAUCAUCUUCAACAACAAGUGCUCGUUCCUACCCAACAAAACUAUCUUCAUUCCUUCAAUCAACAACAACAACAACAAAAUCAACAACAAACUAACAUGUACAAUAAUCAUCUUCAAUCAUCGUCAUCAGCAAAUAAUUUAAUAUAUAAUAAUAGCAAUAGUAGCAGCAGUAAUAACAGUACAAUUCCUUCAGCCUCACCAAGAUAUAAUACUUCACCAAAUAGUCAAACUAUUCCCUUCUCUGCAACCACAACUGCACUCAAUCAGAGUAUUAAUAGUAAUUUAAUGAGCAGCUCACAACAGGAAUCAAAUUAUGAUCAAAGGAGAGCACCAAGUAUUUCAACAAUGAAUCACAAUAAUUCCAAUAAGAAGAAUUCACCACCUUCACCAAGUCCAAUAACAAAACUUGCUAAUAAGGUGAUUGAUAUUCUAACACCAAAUGAAAGAGCAACCUAUGUCAACCUACCUGCUGAGAAUCAACCUUUAUCUACUUCGAAUGUGACAUCAACUGCAAAUCAGAAAUCAAAAGCAGCUCUCAAAGGAUUAUCAAAUCCUAUGGGUGAAUAUAAUUGUUUUUUAAAUGUUGUGAUUCAGAGUUUGUGGAAUUUGGAAAUAUUUAGAGAAUUAUUCCUAUCAAUUGAUCCUAAAAAUCACAAACAUAAGAGUUUUGAAUCGUGUGUUUAUUGCUCCCUCCAAAAUUUAUUUACACACUUUAAAUACAGUGAAAAUUCGAUAUUGGAUCCAAACCUGGUUAGAAAUAGCUUAUCAUUUGCUCACAAUAAGGAUUCUAAAUUCCAACUCAAGCAUAUGGAUGAUGCCUCAGAGGUUUUUCAAGCAAUUAUUGAGGAUAUCAACAACUCUUUGGAGUAUUCUCAAAUACCGAUCUUUGAUUUUUAUGUUACGGAUUUUUAUGUUUGCUCCAAGUGUAACAAAUUCUCUGAUCCACAUAAUUAUACUACAACUAAUUGGUGCAUUUCAUCAUGUGAAUUUGUGCAGAAAAAAAGAGAAAAUCCAAGUUUAAGCUUUGAGGGAGCUUUGAGAUCAACUAUUGAGAGUUUUCACAGAACUUGUGAAUCAUGCAAAGAAAUAUCUGAUUCACAAAAGCACAUUUUCCAAGCUUUCCCAGCUGUCACAUCAUUCUCAUUCUCUUGGAAUAGAGACAUCAUAUCAGAGGAUGAUAUUUUGGAAUUUAUGAGUUAUUUUAAAAUCAAACAAAUCAAACUACACGAAAUAUUUAGAUUGAAUUGUAAUGGUAGUGAUAUUGAAGUAAUGGGACACGUUUCUUCCAUUAUUUGUUACUAUGGAAGACAUUAUAUUUGCCUCGUUUAUAACAAGAAGCUUGGAUCAUGGUUUGCUAUUGAUGAUUCUAAUGUGAGACAAAUAGAUGCAGAUAGACUUGAUGACUUUAUUGUUUCAUCAAAGUUCCAGCCAUGUGUCGUGUUGGUUGAAGUUGAUUCACACAAAGGUAACAUUAAGAUUGAAAAUAGAAUGAAAGAAAAGGCAACUACCAAUGAAAUUGAGUUAAUUUCGCCAAAUAAGAAGAGAAUGUCCACCUCUGAUGUUUUCCCCAAUAAGAAUGAAGAGCUGAGUCCAAAUUCCGAAUCACAAUUCACAGUUGUUGACCAACACUUUGGAGUUAUUAUUGAAGGAUUCAAUGCAGUGACAGACUUUUUCUAUUGGAAUCGUAAAAUUUCAACACAUGCUGAUAUUUAUACAAGAACUAUUACAUUGACAAGGGAUCAAAUCCAAUCCAUGAGCACACAAUUGAAUAUUUGCAUUUAUUUGGGAAAUUUGGAAUUGUUGGAAAAUGAAACAGUUACAAUUAGAUUAUCUUGUACUCAAAAUCAAAAGAACAAGACUCAAACUGUAAUAGGAAAGCUGGAUAAUAAGAAGAAGAGUACUUUCACUAGUAUUCCUAUUGGAUUUUUAUUCACAGAAAACUCAAAGAAUUAUGAAUUGAAUUUUUACAUGAUCAAAAAGGAAAAACCUUCACAGUAAAUUGUGAUUAUUAAUAAUAAACUGAUCUUAACAU